CUACCCCUGCCGCUGGACGGCGCCUUCGAGCCCGCCUUCCUCCGCAAGCGCAACGAGCGCGAGCGGCAGCGGGUGCGCUGCGUGAACGAGGGGUAUGCGCGCCUCCGAGACCACCUGCCCCGGGAGCUGGCGGACGGGCGCCUCAGCAAGGUGGAGACGCUCCGCGCCGCCAUCCGCUACAUCAAGAACCUCCAAGAGCUGCUGGAGCGGCACGCCCAGGGGCAGGAGGGCCCGGCCGACGCCGGCUCCCCGCGCAGGGCCGAAUGCAACAGCGACGGCGAGUCCAAGGCCUCGUCGGCGCCUUCUCCCUGCAGCGAGCCGGAGGGCGCGACCAGCUAGCGAGCGCCGCCCCGGCCCGGCCCCCCGCGCCCGCUGCACUGCACGCGUCUGCAGGCUGGUCUAAGAUGCUGUCCGAAGGUGGUUUGCAUUUUUCUAGUGUUAUUUUUUCUCCAGGACCAAGUCUUAGGAAAAGGAAAUGAAUGUUGGAGGGAGUAAAUGUGUUUUGACGUUCUGGUUGGGUCCCCACCCUUCCUCCUGUUGGUUUUGUGCCUGCAACCUCAAGGUGCUUUUUAAGGAAACUCUCCCUGUGCUUCUCAAAUGCAAACUGUAACUGUAUCAGUCUGAGCAACUCAUUCGAAAAAAACCAUUAUGCUGAAAACUCAAAGGGCAAUCAACAAGAAUUUCCCACAGUCAGCGGGGUAAAUUAUGUACAAAAAUAAUUGAAAUAAUUUAACCAAAGAAGAGCUUUCCAAAAAUUCCUUCCUUUGGGAAUUACAUUCGAAGGUUGACUGACACCAUCCUUUGGGUGAAGGUGACUCCAAGUGGACAGUCGAGAACCCACUGACCGGGGCCUGCUGCUGGGUCAGUUUGUGCUGUUGACUGAAUUUGUCAAUGGCGAUACUAGAGAAGACGCUCUGUCUGUGAUACAUACUGUUUUAUCAGAAAGUGGCCAAUUGGAAACAUCACCGCUGUUAGCAGAUAAUAAUGUUAUGUUAGUGUUAAAGAUUUAUUUGGAAGAGAACUCAGAUUUGUAUGAAAACUUAUUUUUCCUCUCGGUUAUUUU